AUGGAUCCAUUAGAACACCCUGUGUUUUCCUCUAGUCGCCAUAAUGACUCUGUGUCAACUCUUAACAAUAGCAACAACAAUACCGAACAACCAAUGGAUGCAUUGCAGCAAGAGAACGAAGUGCUUCGUAAAAAAAUUACAUAUCUACAAAAAAUAAUCGAGCUAAAGGACAGUACCAUAAAUGAGCUGAAUGCAAAGCUAUUGUUAUAUAAAUCAGGAAGAGGAGAUGAAGAAAAUGUUCAAGAAUUUGGGGACAUUUCAAGCCAGGUGGAGGCGGCAUCGCAUGUGGAGAAAGAAUCCGAUCCAACGAAUGAUAAAUAUAGUGAAAACCCCUUAGUUUCUCCAACCUUGACAGACAAUUCAGUGUCACGUACAACAGAAACGAUGUGGGAGAUUCCACAGCGUAAUAGUAAUAGGUCACUGAGGAAAGAAAUCAAAAGUUCACCAGCUUUAUCAGCUUCGAAGCAACAGCAACCAGAAGCCGAAGAACACCAAAAUAAAACACAUGCCCCUCAUUUAUCUAUUUCUUCGAUUACCUCGUCUCACUAUAGUGAAAGCGACGACCAAGGCAUUCAACUGGAAAUUGAUGAAGAUUAUCAAGAUAGUCAAGUUCCGAAUGCAUCAACCGAUGAAAACAACGAUUCUACUCAAAAUAUGAGUACAAGUGACACUAUUGAUAAAGCUCUCAAAUUGGAUCUGAAAAAUGGAAACCUAACUCUUGGUUCUUCGCCAAGGAGGCUUUCUCCGCAUCGUAAAUCAUUUUCAUUUGAAGGGUUACAGAUAACGUCAAAUGAAUCUUCUCAUCAAAAUGCUGACGAAUCUUAUUCUGCAAAAUCUGACGAUUUUAACUUUAACCAAGUAAACUCUCCAGAUGAUCCGGUAUAUAAGAAGCUUACACAGGAGUCCCUCUACUCGACUAAUUCAUCUCCAAUAACUGAGUACUUUAACCAAAAAAAUAACAACGAGGUUUCAACUCCGUACGUCAAUGUUCCGGUAAGAGUUUCAUCACCAUCCCCGAUGGGUAUCUCUCUUUCUUCGAACAGCCCCAAACUGUUGAAUCCUUCAACUUCGUUCCAGAACAGACAACCAGAAACAGGCCCUGUUGAAAUUCCGUUGCCACAAACACCUAGCAACCCACCUCAUUUACCAGUACAUCCAACCUCAUCAACUCCUAAUAACAAUAGAAAUAAAGUAGACUCAAUCGUGCCUUUACAAAAACGUGUAACAUCUGCCGAUGACAGUGAGAAGUUUUUAUUGAACAGUUUGAACCAUGCAGUAAUUAGAAUUGAAUCUUUAGUUGAUCCUUCAAACUUUUCUACUCAAAGUGAUCCAAGAGAUCCACAUUCCAACUCGCUGAAACGUAGCAGUUAUAAGGUCUCUUUUAUGGUUUACACAGAUGAAAAUGCACCAACGUUAACACCAAUCUACAGAGUACGCAAAUCUUAUAUUGAGUUACUGAUGAUGGACAAAGCAAUAAGACCGCAAGUUCCCAAUUUACCCUUAUUACCAGACAUCAGUUAUGUGUCUUGCUCAAACUUUAGAUACUGGGCAAGUAGUAAGAAUGCUAUCCAAACGUAUAUUAUUCAUUUGCUAAAUCUGUUCAAGAAUCAAAAGCCGUUCAACCCAAACCAUCCGGUUUGGAAGAAUUUCAGCAAUUAUUUUGAGUUUAAAAUGGAUUUGAACGAUUUGGAAAACCCUGAAUAUAGUGUUCUGCAUUUGCAAAACAAAAUCAGCUAUCUAUUAUACGUCAAAAAAAAUUUUGGAGGCAGAACCUAUGAUUUUAUCAAUAUGGUAUUUCCAAGUAGUUCCAACGUUCUAACUAUUAAUUUUGUUCUAUCCAAAACGAAAGAGACUUUACAGAAGGAAGAAAUUCAAUUGACCUCUAAAGACCAGGAAAUUGUGGUCAAGAAAAGAAAGAAAUUAGCAACUAAAACAUGGGUUUUCUUUGCUGAGAGCAAAUAUGAUGCUGACGAUCUAUGUAAACGCCUAUUAACAUGGAUCGGAAAUGAAACUCUUGGACCCGACGAGGAGGAGAUGGAAAUCAAUUCUUCAGAUACGAACGAGGCUGAAGAAUUAUUGAAAUCUUCUACGGAGCAAUCUCUUUCUUCACCCAGCUUAAACGGCCCUUGGAAGCUUUUCAAAAAAACAAAUAAAUUACAAUCUCAGCCAUCUUUAUAUACAAGUCCAAGACAGUCUCCUUCGACCUUCUCAUCUAUUGGAAGUUCAGUUCCUGGCUCACCAUCAAGGGAUUCCAUACCAUCCUCCAGUCAUCGCUCGCGUAGCAGUACCACAGCGGUGCAACACAGCGACGUCUUGAACUUUAAGGCUAUGCCAUAUGAAAGCAAUAAAUUAUCUGUUGAUAACUCCAACUCAAACAAUUCACUGAGAUCUCCAAUCAAACAAGGAAACCCACGCCAAGGAGAAAUAUUUUUCCAGCCUAUUGAUGAUUCACCGAAGUAUUUCAAAUCAACGCUUCAACAUUCUUAUGAUUUAUGCCCCAAAUAUAAAUUAUAUGGUUUCAAUGUUCCUUCGAUUGUUUAUCAAUGUAUUACUUAUCUUUAUCAACAAGGGGGCGAAGGUUUUGAAGGCAUUUUUAGAUUGAACGGUAUGAUGUCCGAGGUCAACAGGAUCCAAGAAAUUUUCAAUGAAGAGCAUGAUUGUGAUUUGAGUAAAUUAACACCCAAUCCUGAUGUCCAUUCAAUUGCAACUUUAUUAAAGAGAUACUUAAGAUACUUACAGGACAGAUUAAUUUCUGAUGAUAUAACUUUCGAAUUGUGUUCUAUUAUCAACAAAAGUGAGAACAAAGGUGAUGAUGGAUCACUUUCCUCAGAUGCAAUUGAGCAAUUCAAAUCAGUUUUUAACAGAUUACCUGAGCUUAAUAGGAAUUCCCUUUAUGCUCUGUUUCGAUACUUGGGAGAUGUUUUAAAGAUGGGAAAACAUAAUAAAAUGUCUGUUAGUGCAAUGAGUGUGCUUAUGGGUCCGAACUUGACUCAAAAAGAUGGAGGUGGGCAAAUUUGUGCUGUUUUACUGGAGAAUUUUAGUACAAUCUUCCAAAGAAACUAA